AUGGUGGAGCAAGCCUUGAUUAGUUGGGCUGGCAUGGGGCGUAACUUCACAUCUUGGGAAGAUUCGAGCUUUAUUCGCAGCAAGUUCCCUACUUUUUAUCCUUGCGGACAGGGAUCUUCAGAUCCGGCGGGAAUUGUUGUGAUUGCAGAGUUGAUUGAAGAAGGAAAUGAAGCAGGAAAGCAAUUAGGAUUUGAGGAGAAAAUGAAAGAGGAAAAGAAUGAACAAGACGAGGAUGAAUUGGGGAUAAAAGACGAGGUCCAGACACGUGGCGAGCACUCGGGGCUUCUUGAAGGAGUGAACGUGGCGUCGAGUCAACAAGUCCAAGGAAAUGGUUGA